AUGAAUUUGCUUAACAGACCCACCUUCAUGGAGAAGCGAACAGGAAAGCAAAACUUGGCAGCGGUUUACCGUUCCCAAAUUGUGUGGAUGUGGGUUUGUGGCCAAACAGCGCGAGAAAUAUCCCUGGAGGUGGGAGUGAGCCUCACCACAGUAUACCGGUGGAUCCGACGGUGGCAGAUGGAAGGGACAAUCGCCCGGCCUAAACACGGAGAAGAGUAUAGCAGGGGAAUAUCUAUGGGAGACGCGACUGAAAUAGCUGUUGGGGCACUACUCGGCCAGGGCACUAACAAGCACCUUCCUGGGCGUAGUUCGAGUCGGGUGCUGCUGGUGGCGUGGCUGGUGUUUACCUUCGUCGUGGGCACCGUCUACAGGGGCAACCUCACCGCCGCCCUCACCAUGCCCAAGUACCCACACACACCUGAGACUCUGGAGCAGCUGGUCAAAGUUGUUCACAAGGUAACGAUGCCGUCUUUUGGAGAGCCAUUUCGACAGUUCUUCAAGCAGUCCGAUUCCGAGGUGUUCCAGGCUCUGUAUCGCCUGAUGGAGAUAGUGCCAUCUGCAGAAUACGGAAUGCACCAAGCUGUUGAGAAGAAACAGGCUUUCAUGGACGGCCGACUUUACCUGAUGCAGGCAAUCGCCGACCACUACACGAGGGUGGACGGCCGUACUUUACUGUACAUUGGACGAGAGAGUGUUUUUUCAAGCAGGGGAGCGUGGCCCAUACCUCACGAUGCGCCUUACAAACCUCAACUGGAUAGAAUAAUGAUGUUUAUUAUCGAGGCGGGAUUAUACGAGAAGUGGGUUAAGGAUGUACUGGAGAAGGCGAAGCAGGAGAGUCGCAGGAGACUGAUGGAGUUGCAGGAGACAGCGUCCCUGAGUGAGAAGAACACCGACAGUAACCAGGCACUCACCCUCCGCCACAUGCAAGGACCCUUCCUGCUCCUCGUCCUGGGCCUCGCCACCUCUCUCAUUGUCCUGGUCUCAGAGUUCCUGGUUACAUUAUUCAUCAAUCUUUAACCUUUAAAGCAACUUUUCUUCCUGACGAUCAUGGAAAUUCUCGGUCAGUGGGCCAAACAAUCAUUCAUAUCAACCCAUCCUAAUGUUUAGAUGGUACUUUUUGUAACUAUGUGCACCAUAGUUCAAACAUUGACAUAUUAAGUAAUUAGAUAGUAUAAUUUUGUUCUAUUCACUUUAUAGAGUCCCCCCCGCCCUAAAAAAAAUAAACUGAAAAAACUUAGAUUCCUAGGCCUAUUAUAGCACACAUAUGUACUAUAUUAGGCCUCAUAUAGCAUAUAUUAACGCCAAAUACACGACGAAACUACGAUGUUGCUGCAAUUUUUUGUUUGUUUAACACUUAUCCAGUUGUAACUACCAAUAUAGCAAGUUGUAGUAUCGUUCUAACAUGUCACGUUAUACAAAGAUGUCACAACUGUAUAACAAGUUGUAACAAGCAGAAAAUAGGGACAGUUACUGUUUGCAGGUUUAGGCCUAGGA